GAGAGAGAGAGAGAGAGAGAGGAAGAGAGACAGUGAGAACAGUGCGAUGGAGAAAAGAAAAAGAGGAAAGAGAAAAGGGAGAAUGUGCACAGAGAUGUUAGAGUGAGAAAAGAGUAGAGAGGUAAAAGAGAAUAGAGUUAUUGAAAGGUUAGUAAGAGAGGAAGAUAGAAAAGAGUGAAAAUAUAGCAAAUUAGAGAAGGAGAGAGAGAUAGAGAGCUGAAAAGUUCUCUGAAUGCCUGAUGCGGCUGCUGAGUCCAACUGUGUGGGAGGAGAGGGGUGUGUGAGUGUAUGAGGGCUUCGGAGAACAUCAUAGACCACUUCAGAGCACAGAGAGAAAGAGAGAGAGAGGGAGAGAGAAAGAGAGGGAGAGAGAGAGAGAGAGAGGAGAAAGAAUGCUUACACACGUGUGGAAGAGUAGCUGGAUUUGGCUCCUGCUGUGGCUGUGUGGAGGAGUCCUCAGGUUUGUUUCGGGAAGAGAGAUGAAGUCCCCCAGCAGUAAGACAAAGCCCAUGUCCCCCUCUGACUUCUUGGACAAGCUGAUGGGAAAAACCUCAGGGUAUGACGCUCGUAUCAGACCCAACUUUAAAGGACCUCCUGUGAACGUCACCUGCAACAUCUUUAUCAACAGCUUUGGCUCUGUCACAGAGACAACUAUGGAUUACCGGCUGAAUGUGUUUCUGCGACAGCAGUGGAAUGACCCACGGCUGGCUUAUAAGGAGUACCCGGACGACUCUCUGGACCUGGAUCCCUCCAUGCUGGACUCCAUCUGGAAGCCCGACCUGUUCUUCGCCAAUGAGAAAGGAGCCAACUUCCAUGAGGUUACCACCGACAACAAGCUGCUGAGGAUCUUCCAGAAUGGAAAUGUGCUCUACAGUAUCAGGUUAACUCUAAUUCUCUCCUGUCCCAUGGAUCUGAAGAAUUUCCCCAUGGAUAUUCAGACCUGCACAAUGCAGCUAGAGAGCUUUGGUUACACUAUGAAUGAUCUGAUAUUUCAGUGGCUGGACAUUGGCCCUGUGCAGGUGGCUGAUGAUCUAAUGCUGCCUCAGUUUGUACUCAAAGAGGAGAAAGAUCUGGGAUACUGCACUAAACACUAUAACACUGGUAAGUUCACCUGUAUAGAGGUGAAGUUUCACCUGGAGAGGCAGAUGGGUUAUUAUCUCAUCCAGAUGUACAUCCCCAGCCUGCUGACCGUUAUCUUGUCCUGGGUCUCCUUCUGGAUCAACAUGGACGCCGCUCCAGCCCGAGUGGGGCUGGGCAUCACCACUGUACUGACCAUGACCACUCAGAGCUCCGGCUCCAGAGCCUCACUGCCCAAGGUGUCAUAUGUGAAGGCCAUAGAUAUCUGGAUGGCGGUGUGUUUGCUGUUUGUUUUUGCCGCCUUGUUGGAAUACGCCGCUGUAAACUUUGUCUCUCGACAACACAAAGAGUUCUUCAGACUCAGGAGGAGGCUACGGGAGGAGCAACGGCAACGAGCUGCUUCAGGUCAGCUCGGGGGAGCCGAGACGAAAAGCAAGAACAACGAUGUUACAGGCAGCACUACGUCCUGCAGGAACACACAACGCCAGUGCAGCGCCUGUGCAAGGGAGGAGCAGCUUGCUCAGCAGAAUGCAGAUGUAUUCUUCCCUGGUUACGGCCUGGAGACCUUCCUGUCAGGGGAUGGACCCAUCUCUGAGACAGCCGCCAUGUUCGCCAGUCUGCCUCCUGGCCACGCCCUCUUCGAGAUCCGCCGCCGGUUCAUCGACCGUGCCAAACGCAUCGACACCAUUUCACGCGCUGUCUUUCCCCUCAGCUUCCUCAUCUUUAACGUCUUCUACUGGCUCACGUACAAAGUGCUCCGCAACGAGGACAUCCACGCGGUCCUGUGAGCGAGGCGUGCGCUGACCAAAGGACUGGACUGUGUCAAAAAGCCCCUUUCACAUGCCACGGCUUACGGCAUUAUAGCUUCAAGCUCCUUGUGUCCUAAGGACAGAGAUACAGUACAACAGGAGAUAUGUGCAAUAUAGGUAGGCACUUUUCUGAAGAUUUAAAGGGGCCAUAUUAUUAAAAACAUAUUACAAAUAUUUCCUUUUAAAAUAAGAGUUUAAGGUCACCUGUAAAUCGAUACGGUUCAUAGUCGAUAGAUCAAAUGCAAAAACGGCUCAUUUAAAAUCAUAUACAGAACAUAUAUCUGUUCUGGUGUCCUUUUUUCUGAAGAUAAGCUUUACUCUUAAAAGCAUAUUAAAAGGCAGCCAAUCAAAAGUGAAGCACUUUAAAUAGUUAAUCUGUCAUAAAGGCACAGUACCCAAACCAACAUAAAGAACUGUAAUGAAUUUAAAGUCCUAUUAGGACAGGACUAGAUUUGCUUGGGAAAAGGGAAUAGUGUAAGUCUAUGUAAAAUGACAGUCAUUUUUAAAAUAACUUCAGGAUAUAUUAAUCUGGUGCAAACUAACAUGGGAAUGACUACUUCAUCCAGUUUUGUGAGAAAAGAGUUUUUGUUUUUUGGUAGUAUAUAGAUGGUGUUUAGUUUCAUAGUGCCCAGUACAGAUAGCUCAGCUCAUUCAAUCUAUGUCUGUUAAACGACAUACAACACGCAAAUCCAGAAAACAAGUCAGAGCAGGUGAUGUAGUGUUUAAAUCAAGCAGCCACUCCCAUCUCAGCAAUUUCUUAUCCCAUGUGAAUGGGUCAUAAAUCCUGUAGAUGCCCUUUAGAGGAGGUUGAUAAUUGUCAUGAAAACAUGAUUUUUGCACACAAAUAUUAUAAACAUACAAUACAGGUCAAACGUUUUAGAACACCCCUAUUUUUGAUUGAUCCAGUAGCAGUGCUGUACGGACCAGACAAGCUGCUGUUUUUUUUUCUUAUCUUAGCAAUGACUUUAUUACUGCACUUCACCUGUCAGACCUCUAAUUUUUCUCUUCACUGCUAAAAGUGAGACUUAUUCUAAUGUUAAAAGCUUAGCUAAAGGUGUUGCCAUGUGGGUCAGCCAGACCCGACUCUUCCUGUUCCAGUUUUCUCCAGUUUCCAAGAGUUUUUUUUAAAUGCGUAAGAAACAGUACUCAUCGCUUUCUGGCUUUAUUUGUAAUCUCUCUAAAGGAAACACAUUUACAUUUAACAGUCACUGAAUUAUUUGGGUUUGUGUGUCUUUUUCUAGUUUUUAUGAUGAUAUUCCAAUUCUGCUUUACUGCUGGCAAAAAUCUAUUUCUAAAGCUCAGUUUAUUUUUAAUGCUACUUACAAGCUGUCAGAAGUUUACCAAUGAAUUGCCCGCUAAAAAUAGCACUCUCUUUUUCCAGAAUUUUUUUUUUACAAUAUUAUUAUUAUUAUUAUUUACUUUUUAAUUUUUUUUUGUUUGUUUUUAGCUAAUUUGUUUUCCUUAAAGGCCCUGGUAGACACUAGAUUUGGCACUAUUUCUGGUUAUUGACUGGACCUAAAGAGCUUAAAUAGCUCUAAAAC